AGGGCGACGGCCGGUGGGAGUGCUGCUGCUCUUGAGCUUCGCCGAGCUCGUUCUUGGGGGUGGUGUGAACUCUUCGUCGUCGAUUGCGUGCACUCACUCUCCUUCCUCGUCGAUCGGUGGCUGCGGGAUUGGUCGAAAUCCGCGGCCGGUGGUCUCAUUCUCGUACGACGAGGUGGUGGUUCUGUGAGUGAGAGAUUUGUCGAAGCUCUCACUCCGGUUGUGUUUUUGUGGGAUAUCGAGUGAAGCUCUUCGAGAUGACGAUGAAUGUGAGUGAGGAGAUUGAGCGCCUGAAGGAGGAGAUCACUCGUCUUGGAAAGCCAUGUCCCGACGGCUCCAUCAGCGUGAAGUUUGGAACCCUUUUCAAUGACGACAGGUGCGCAAAUCUUUUUGAGGCCUUGGUGGGCACUCUUCGCGCGGCCAAGAAGAGAAAGCUCGUUAAAUUCGAUGGAGAGCUUCUGCUUCAAGGAGUCCACGACAACGUCGAUGUCAUCCUGCUCAAGGCUUGAGUGGUCCGACCCGUUGUACUGAAAUGGGUUUACUUACAUCACGUUUUCCAGGUCCAUUCUUUUCCUCGCGUAGGCCUAUUCUUUGUGGUUGUUUACAUCCACGUCAAUGUAUGUAGUUAUUACACCGCAAGCUUUCUAGUAAUAAUAACUGCAACGAUGAUAUCUUCUGGCUAGAGGAGUGGAUCUGGAUUUCGUUCUAAUACUAAUUAGGACACGUGGACGAUAAGCAGCAAUUUCUACCUAUUUGACCGAUGUCUUCAUAUUCGCCUGAUCAAACGGUAUUCGUGCACUGUAUGAUAGCAUUGGACAUGAUCAGGCAAAUUAUGUCAAUUUGUGACACAGUCUAUUCAUGACAGGGAAGACAGACAUUCGCUCUCUUCCCUGACUUAGGCAGGUGAUUCACCCGGGUGCAUUUGCCCAUAUUUGUACAUUUUUCCUUAUAGGAUCUUCGAGGUCUUCCAUAAUUACAUCCACAUUUUAAGUCUCGCAAUCCAAACUU